CCUGGAGAGCCACACAGUUCUUAAGCAGAGCUCCUGGUGUGUUCUGUUCUUCUGUUCUGCGCCAUCAAAUUUGAAUGAUGUUUUCAACAUGGGGAAAUAACUAACAUCAAGCAAGACUCCACCACACAUCCCCGCUGGUCCAGACCUGGCAGCGAUGCAGUUUAGUCAUCAGGUCACCAGCAGCACGUCUCUCCAGAUCCCUGCCCAGCCUGAGACUGCUGUACUGAGAAACCAACACCCGAUCCUGCAGCACACCGUUCAGCCCAUCCUGGUCCAGGCCAUCAUCAACCCGAAGCGGGGUAUGGAGGACCCCCUCCAGACACCACAGCCCCCCAGGACCUGUAGCUCGCCUGGCCCUGCUGGGAAACCGUGCUGGAGCUUGGAUGCGAGGGUGGCUGUGCUUCUGGUGACCCUGGCUGGGGCUGUAAUCCUGCUGCUGCUGUACAGACUCUUACAGCUGAGACACAGGCUGCGGUUGGCCAGGGCGAGGCACGCUCUGGAGUACUACAGCUUCUUCCACUCCGCCACCUACACCCUCAAACACCCUGCAACAUGUCAGGAGCUGCCCACCAAGAACGGGACGGUCCCCGAAACUGCUCCACCUGUCCAAACCAUAACCGCCGUGACACCCACUGUCAUCAACCCGCUUCCACCCCCACCGGUGCCUUCUCCACCCCCGCUGCCACUCCCUCCGCCUCCUGCACAGCCUCCGCCGCUGCUCCACCCUCCACCUUCUCUUCCUCCAUCACCUCCUGUCCUGGCCUUCCAUCUGCCCCUGCCUGUGGUCCACACCACCCCGCCCAGCCCUCACCUGUCGUGGGGCGCCUGCUCGGACGCAGAUGUGUACUCUCGGAUUGGAGCUUUCAGGCCCUCCAGGCUCUCCAGCCUCUCGAACCAAUCGAAAGUCAUCCUGUUUGAACACUCGUCUCUCUGACCUCUGAUGCAAAUCAUGACUGGAGCUGUCAACGACUGAGAAGACACACAAUGUACUGUUUACAUGCAAGGUAUAGACAAAUAUUUGAAGUUCAAAUACUUGCAGGCCUCUCCAAAACUUCCUCUGACUUCUGAACUGAAUUGAUUUCUACACUUUCCUUUAACAAGUACCAGACUUUGUGCCAGACCUCUGCAAGAAAGUUACAGUUUGAGCGAAACAUCCAAACUGUAAUUAUGUUUUCUUCCACUGUAGAGUUGGGUUAUCUUUUAAUUCAGCCCGGUGGAAGCACUAUGUGACGGACCCACAGUGGAAAUGUCUUUCCCUGAAACUUGUCUGGAGGUAAAAGAAAGAAAGCUGAGCUUGAAGACUCAUUGUUGUUUGUAUGCUCUGUCCUUCACAACCUCAUAAAUGCUCGUCCUUCAGAGCCUUGGGAUCAUCUUCACAGUUUUGUUGUCCAAAUAUAUAUUUCUGAAUAUAAAAAUAUAUAUUGUAAAUAGUAAACUGGUAUUUAAAUUUCUAUAUAAGCCUGUAAACACAAAGAAGUUGAGAAAAAAUUUAAUUCUAAAAAUUUUAAGCCAUCAGUAUUUGAUAAAAAUACGGAGUAUUGACAAUUUAAGUUAAAUUUUGUCUUUAAUCCAAUUUUUCACUGUGUAUCCAGUGUUUCACUUUGGUUGCAUUUGUUGCAUCAUCACAACACAAAACUCGCUGAGUCAGCCAACUGGUGGUUAGCUCCUAAUUUUGAAGGAAUAAUUUGUGGGAAAUUUGCAUGAUUUGCGUUUCAUGGAGGUUUAGAUGAGAAGAAAUGAGAAGAUUCUAUCAUCAAUCAAUCAAUCAAUCAAUCAGUUAAUCAGUUAAUCAAUGGAGUCUCAAAGAGGUUUGUGGUUGUGGUCAAGAAAUAGUCCAGUACAUAACCCCAAGUAAAACGGCUAAUUGUUGUUUUGUACCUCAGCUUUUUGUAGCGGUUAAAAAAAACUAGUGAGCUUUGAAAUAGAGCUUAAAGUGGCAAUCACAUCUAAGUACACUGAGUUAAAAGUAAAAGAUGAGCUGAUGAGCUGAUUUAAUUAAUUGCUUAUGGGAUUUCACUGGGCAUUAUCACAGAAGUCUGAUAUGAAGUUAACAUGUUGUGAAAAAAGGUGGUUUACCUGCAUUCCACAACUAAAAACAGAAGUUAACAGAACUUUUACUACAUUGCAUCCAAGUAUUUUAAGUAUGACUGAGUCCUGAACAAGUAAAAAGUUUGGUUUGUUUUUCUUAAAUGAUAUUUCUAUAAUGUCUUGAUUUUUACAGUGCAGUUAUUGAAGCAGAGCCCAUUGUUACUGCAGAAGGGAGGCAUUUCCUGAACUGGUUUUCCAUGGCAGGGUCCCUCCCUGCUUCACACCAUUCUCUACGUUCUCUGUGUUUCCUCUGACUCUUUUUAUUCAAACUAAUAUCACAGUUUCAGACAUGAUUAUUCAUUUGUCUCUUUAACACAUCCAAAAUAGCAGUCAGCAACAACAAAAAGCUAGGCUUCAUGGUUACGGGUACGAGUGCCCAGACUAAGACAUUUUCAGAUGGGCACAGAUUGAUCAUUCUCUAAAGUAGCCCUGUCUGUUGUUAUGGUUACCUUAGCAUCUAGACCUUGGCCCUAACAAGCUGUUAAGAUUAAUUUUCUGUCAAUAUUUAACCAUGUUUUCCAAACAGGCCUCUUAUUUAUAAUUCAACAAUAGUUUGUAAAUUCAUGAGGGACGCUGUGUUAGCUGAUGGUUGUUGGUUGCUCUCUGCCUGCCUGGGUGAAAACUUUCCGGUAUCUGAGUCUGCUGGUGAAGCCGCUGUCUCCAUACUAAAAGCCUGUUAAUUCAAUCUGUGCAUGUACUGCAGCGUUGUCUCUUAAUUGGUUGCAAGCUGAGCAGGAAAGGCAUUUGUAACAAUAUACUGCUGCAAGAAUUCAAUAA